AUGGCCCAGACUCCCGCACAGCGCCGCGCCAACGAGAAGCACGCCAAGGGCGUCGAGAAGCGCAUGGGCAAACCCGAGGCAGCGUACAAGAAGAAAGAAACCAAGAAGUCGCCCGUGGGCGUCGCAGCUGUUGUGCUCCUGAUUUUCGUCGUCGUCGCCCCCCUGCUCAUCGAACAACUAAAGCUGAUCCCUUAUCUCUGGGGUCUCCUGCUGGAUCUGCUGGCCAAGAUUGGGCUGGUAUCGAAAUAG